UCUCAAACUUCAUUUUUGGCCUUUACAGAGUGAUUUGAAGUGUUUGAAGAAACUUUGAAAAAUUUCUAGAGAAUUCAGAAGGUUCAAAACUACAGUUUUCGAUACCUAGUUGCGCUCAAGUUGUCACUUUUUAACAUCUCACGUCAAUAAAAUUUCAAAGUUUGACAUUUUUGUCAUUCAAUAUUGAAAUAGGCAAAUCUCUAUUGAAAACUGUCUGAAAAUCCACUAGAAAUCAUUGCCGUUUUUUUGUUUUUUACCAACACUCAAUCAAAUUCAAAAACGACACUUUCAAAAUUUAAAAUUCAACUUUCCAUACUAACUUGCAUUUCACAGCAGUACAUAACCUAUACAUGUAAAUAAGCACAACCAUUACUCGUAGGAAUCAACAAGACAACAUCGUUCAAGGUGACAUCAAUCAACAGUUCAACACCCAUCAUUUUUUCAAAUUUUAGUUACAACAGCCAUUAUUCAAUCAGCAAGAUGAUUAUAGAGUGGCAGAUACAAUAUUUUCAACCCUUUUAAAAUCCUUGUAACCAGCUGUUUGUCAAAUCAAUUGCUCAUGUGAGACGGCUACAAAAAUUCAGUACAUUCGACUUCAUCAACUCGACAAUAGGUUUACUGACGAGAAUUUUCAUCAAAAAUUAAUUUUAAUUGGCAAAAGCAUUACACGUCAACAUACACAAGUUACCCACAACCUUACUCAAAAUGAAGUCGUUUUUACUGCUAACACUUUUAUUGGGCGUAAUUUUUGUUCGAACAGCAUCAGCAAACGGUUCAGAUAACGAAGGAGGAGGAGAAGAAGAAGAAGAACGAGGUGAGGAAGGGGAUGAGGAGGGUGAAGAAGAAGAAGGAGAAGAAGGUGAAGAGGAAGAAGCUGCACAGCAAGGGCCCGUAUUUCCGAACCUGAUCUGUACACUAUUCACUACCCAAGGAUGUAACGCAGGUUGCGGAAUCGUUGCCAAAAUAUACGGAAACGAAAGCACCGGAUACUGCAACGAUCAAAACAUUUGUGUUUGUGAUCCUUCUGAAAACCUAACUUUGGAUGACUUAUGGGACCGAAAGUUCGACAGCAAGGUUGUUUUGCCUCAGGUCAAACUCGACUCAGAACUCUCCAAACAAGUAUUCGAGAUACUAAAAGCAUCCUUCAUGUCAUCCGAAGAGACCAAAGCAGCGUUAGAAUCCGUUUUACCAACCGAGUACCAAAAUAUUCGCAUCAAGACUAAAGUGCCUUCUACCAAAAUAGUCCAACCUGAGAGGAAAUUCAAUAAAGAAGAAGCCAAAAAAUACACAACUCUCAAGUUACGAUCGUUCAUAAAUAAAGAAUUUCCAAAAGACAUCGAUUACAAGAAAUCUCUCAACGAAGCUUUGGAAAACGCUCCGGAUGAAUUAGCUUUUCAACACUUGGUACAUGAUGUUCGUCGUACGCAUAAUCCCAUAUUAGGAAAAGUGGUCGAUGAGUUCUUGCAGUUGAGUCAAGAGGACGAACAGCCAAUGGAUGAAAAAGAGGAAGACCUUGAAGAAUUCGUCGAUAAUCAUAUCAUCAACGAACUCAUAAAAGCCACUCGAGCCAAAGCUAAGAGUCCUGGUACACCUCCAGCAGCCAACUCAAAAGGACCAUCCAAACCAGGCCAAAAAUCCAUCAAACCACCUAUCAGUCAAAACUCUGGUGGCCCUCGCCCACCUCAAAAUCCACCUCUAUUUUCUUCUGUAACCGUUGACUACACACUACCAAAGUCUACCAUCAACAAAACAGUCAUAGAUAAUUUCCGCAACCCAGUUGAUAAAACCUGGACAGGACCCAAUUACGAUGUUCGUUUUAAGCGUGUAUCUCCUUCAGGCGAUACUCAACUUUGGUGGAGAAAAGAUAACGAUGAGGUUUACCUACACAGACAUGCAGAUGGAGCUGUCGACCAAAACUGGAAUUUCGGUGGUAAAGUGUUCAUUGGAUUAUAUCGAGAUAUCGAUAGAACUCAAAUACAGAGUUGGGAAUUCGACAAAACUAGACUGGACUACGACAGGUCUCCAAAUGGUACACCUCAUCGAGUUUGGUACAACAACAACAGGGACGAGGGUGCGUAUAAAAAGUACACCGAGAUUAUCAAAUCCUGGUGCGAUGCAAACGAUUUCUUCGUUGAGAAAGAAUCUUGCGUCAUUUUUUAAUGAAUAACUGACCAUAACAGAAAAGAAAAUAGAAAAAAUGUGAAAAAAACAAUGUUAGAUUUUAUGUGUAUAAAUGUAUAAUAAAACUGUUCCUAUUUCAAAUGAAGA